AUGGAGAUUCUGUGGUGGAAGGUGAUCAGUAUCUUCGUGAUGAUGUUGCUGGUGUGGUUUGGCGGAUUUCUGCCCACCCAAUUGCACGCCCUGGCCGAGGACAAGCGGCAGUUCGCACUCGGCCUCGGUAAUGCGUUCUCCGGUGGCGUGUUCCUAUGCGUGGGACUCGUGCAUCUGCUGCCCGAGGCUGCCGAGCAGAUCGAACAUCUCAAUUACAAAUUCAAUGAGACCAUGCCGAUUGCCUACGUGAUUGCGAUGGGCGGCUUCCUUCUCAUCUUCUGGAUCGAGAAGAUUCUCCUGUCCUCUUCCGAUCCAGAGGAGCAUCGCGCGAUUGCAGCAAUUCAGUCCAAGGCCGCAGCCAAAGACAUGGCCGUGGACGUCAUCGUGAUUCCACGUCAGAUCAUCCCGCACUACCACGAGCGUAAGCGAGCACGCACCUUGACUCUCUCGGGCAGCUCCACCUCGAGCGUGGCCGAGUCGUCUUCUCUCCUCCGCAGCCGUCCGUUUGAAGACGAGAUCGACAGCAAGUCCCGUUCACAGCCCAUCGUGACCGUCCGCGACAUGCCCUUCACUGUUAACGAGGCCGCCCAGUUUGACAAGAAGACCUGGAAGAUGAUGGAGAAGCAGUUCAAGAAACAGGAGAAGGUGGCACACGAGCACGAGCACAAGAAGCUUGUCGCCGAGACGGCCGAUGGGCACCACCAUCACCACAUCAACGUGUCGACUUCGUACCCUCUGGUGCCCUACAUCCUCGCGCUCGUGCUUUCUGUUCACUCGGUGAUCGAAGGCAUGGCCCUCGGCAUCGGCACCAACGCCGAACAGACGGUGAUCCUCAUCAUCGCCCUCGCCUCGCACAAGUGGAUCGAAGCCUUUGCGUUCAGCACCAGCUUCGUGAAGGAGGGUGUGCCCGUCCGACGGUGGAUCGGCAUCCUCCUCAUGUAUUCGCUCAUGACCCCGCUGGGUAUCACCGGAGGCAUCUUUCUCUCCGACUACCUCUCCGGCGACAACGCCAUCCUCGCCGAGGCCAUCAUGGAAUCGCUGGCGGCCGGCUCGUUCCUGUACGUCUCGCUGGUGGACAUCAUCUGCGAGGAGUUCAACGAGCCCGGACCCCGACGGAAGAGGUAUCCGCUGUUCGCGUCCAUGCUGCUGGGCAUUGCCCUCAUCAUUGGCGUCCUCUUCUGGAACGAGCUGUGA